UCCGCCAUGCGCUCCCGGGCGCGCCGGCCGCAUCCGGCGGGGCUGCUGCUGCGGCUGCUGCUGGGCUCGCUGGCCGGCCUGCGGGCGGGGGCCGGCGGCGGAGAGCUGGCGCUGGCGGCGGGUGGUCAUUGCAGAAAUGUGAAGGCAACGGAUGCUGUCCGCACGUCGGAGUCGGCCUGUUAUUGCUACAUUCCAAACGGAGCGAUACAUUUAAAAAAUAUUUGGUCAAGUAUUCAGGUGAAAAUCAAUAGCACAGAGCUGUUCAGGGUGGUGUCUGUCCCCGAAGAAAGUAAUUGCCAAAAUGCAGCAAGUCUGUUUGCCUUUUUUAAGUGCAUCAUUCAAAACAUACGGCAAUCGGGAGUGUCUAAUGAAAGCAUCGUAUCUGUGGACCAGUAUGGAGAGCGAACGUGUUUCAGGGUCCAACUGGAGAAUAAAAUGCUUUACACCAUGGAUGUACAACAAACCAUGCUGGAUAAGAAACUUUUCUUCUUGUUCGUCGUUGGUGGCCUGCUGUUCCAUUUUGCUCACAACCUAAGUAGAAGCGUUGUGUUUUAUUAUUCUGCUGGAGUAACCUUUGGCGUUCUUGCAACUUUGGUCUUCCUCCUUUUGAUGCUUAAAAGGUUUAUUCCCAAGCUCAGCACCUUCUGGAUUCUAAUGAGUGGAUGCUGGUUCUGUACUCUCUAUUUAUUUUAUAAUUUGAAAGAGGAUUUGAAACGACUCUGGUAUGAUUAUACACGCUACUUACUAGGUUAUGUCUUGAUAGUUGGAUCAGUCAGUUUUGCUGUUUGCUACCAGCACGGACCACUUGCCAGGGAGCAAAGUAUGAACCUCUUGAUGUGGAUGCUGCAAUUGGCAGGCUUAAUUUUAAUUUAUUUUGGCAUCGCCAUCCCUGAGGUUGCAUAUGCGGCGAUCGCUACCAUACUGUGCUCAAAAAUCCUGCAUUACCCUCUUCGAGUAUUCUGCAGCGUUGGCAGAAAAGCCCAUCGGUUCUUCAGAGCAGAAAAGCCAGAGGUUCGUUACCUGACUGAAGAUGAAUAUCGAGAACAGGGUGAAUCAGAAACCGUCAGAGCUUUGGAAGAGCUGCGAGGCUUCUGCAGGAGCCCGAGUUUCCCCUCAUGGAUAGCUGUAGUCAAGCUGCAGGCCCCUCAGAAGUUUGCAAACUUUGUUCUUGGACUUCCUCAUGUGUCACCUGAAGAAACGAAUGCCCAUGAAGAACAGUACGGCAUUGGAGGGGCUCUCCUGGAAGAGCAGCUUUUUACCUCAGAGACUGAGUUAGAACCGGACCGACAAACGGGUCCCUUUCAGAGGGACGAGGAGGAGGAGGAGGAAGAAAUACGACCCCAAAACAGUUUGCUCAUUCGAAGCAGAGAAUUUCUUUGAGCUACUCUGUCAAGAGAAGAUAGACAAAAUGCAUAGGACAGAGCUGAGAAAUUCUGCUCGCUGUGCUGUAGAGGGAAACCAAGAUCUCAGAAAGACUUCUUACCGAACUGUAGGCCCUCACAGCUAAGAUGGCCAGAGGAAUUUGAGGGAACAUCUGCGACCCUCAAAGUUGUCCUUCAACCAGCUGUUCUACAAAGUGAAGGAGUUUUUAAACCUCUGAAUAGGAGAUGCGGGGGAAAUUUGCCUCCAGCCAGCCAUCUCCGCUUACAAACUUUGCCAGGAUGUUCAGGUUGAGCCACAUCUCUCUAGUGAAGAAAACCAACAGAGCCAUUUGUAUGAACGGUUUAAAACUUAAUUCUUCCACAGCAGAUUAGAGUGUAAAUCGAGACCUGGUCUCGACAAGCAAAGGAAUGAGGUGGAAGAGCACUGAAGAGGUCAGUUGGUUUGCCCUGCUUCAGACUGAAAGGGAGGGAUUACAUUCAUCAAAGAUCUCCCCGGCCUUAUUAAUUCUCUGUAAGUGGAAAAUUAGCACAAUGUGUCAAGGACUAAGCGAGAACUUUCCUCGCUGAAGUGGUCAUUUUUUAUUUGUAGGGAUACACAGAGAAGAAUUAAAAAUGCGACUCUCUUCACCUGCACUGUGAAUAGGGAUGCCAUCAUCCCAGUCAGAUGGGGGAUCCCCGGUAGCAUUGCAGGCAUGAUGAUGUCAUUUCCAGGAAACAGCAACAACAUUCAAUUUAUAUACCGCCUUUCAGGACAACUUAACACCCACUCAGAGCAAUUUACAAAGUAUGUCAUUAUUAUCCCCACAACAAAACACCCUGUGAGGUGGGUGGGGCUGAGAGAGCUCCAGAGAGCUGUGACUAGCCCAAGGUCACCCCGCUGGCUUCAAUUGGAGGAGUGGGGAAUCAAAACCGGCUCUCCAGAUUAGAGUCCUGCGCUCUUAACCACUACGCCAAACUGGCUGUCAGAAGUGACGUUAUUAGCUCUACGAAUUGCCAGAAAUGCUGUGCUUUUCUCAUAGAGUUUCUGGCAAUUCCUAGAGCUACCCGUCAUCACUUCUGGGUUUUCCCUGAAAGUGACACUGUGAUGCCCAUGAUGCCCCCCCCCAUGUCCCCACCUCCAACCCUCCCACCAGUUGUCAGGCUCAGCUUGGCAACCCUAUGCACAAAGUGGGCUCAUUUUCCCACUCAAAAUUCUGCCACUUAAUUCUGAUGCAUGUGUAGACCAGGCCUCAUAACUGCUGCCUUUGCUAUAACAGAGCUGCUGUGGAGACAAAUUUUCAAGAGGUAUCGCUCGGUGUGUUUGCUAUGAUCAUCUUCCUACCUGAAACCAGCCUGAUUCCUUUCAGAAGAGUCCAGCUAGUUGUCAUUUACAUCAUCUGUGGGAAUCUGCCAACUUCUGCCCCAUGGUCACUGUAAUCUCCCCAUUGUCAACUUGGACAUCAUUUGCUUGCUUCCCAUGCCUUUUGAAUACCGGAGGUCUAUCUUGUUUCUUCAAAACGGGCAUAUUGUACCACAAGAAUGUGUGAUGGAAAGAGCUAAAAUUAGGCCUUAGAAAUCCAAUAUUCUCACUCUUUUUAGACCUAGCGUAUUUUCAUACUUUGCUACAAGCUCAUGCCUUGUUUUUAUUCUUUGUUUACCCAAAUUCUUAUCAGAGAAGGGUAUCUGAGUUAACGGCACAAAGAGAGAACUGUAAUAUGGAGACUUCACCCUUUGGAAACCUCAUUUCCACCCCUUGUUUCUACGAUGCAUUGGAAGACUGCCUUCUUCCCUAUUAAGCUGUUGUAGCAAUAUUAAGUUUUGAAGGUGGGGAAAGCAGGUGGAAAGAAGUGGUAAGAACUUUUGUAUAGCACACUUUUUUUUUGUUAAGAAAGCAGUGUGCUAGUCCUCAGGUCUAAAAAAUAAGCUUGAAACAGGGCGAGUUAAUGCCUAGUGAGUCGUAAAGUGUUGUAGGACCUCUGCGGGGCGAAGCUAAGGCUUAGAUGCCCAACUGUUGCUCCUUGCUCUGGUACUGGUAGAGUAUUGACAAAUCUGUAUGGGUUUUAUAGAUUGUACCAAUUUUGAUCUGUAUAUAUGUAUACCUAUAGAGCCCCAAGGCGCAGAGUGGUAAGCUGCAGUACUGCAGCCCAAGCUCUGCUCAUGACCUGAGUUCGAUCCCAGUGGAAGCCAGGUUCAGGUAGCCGGCUCAAGGUUGACUCAGCCUUCCAUCCUUCCGAGGUCGGUAAAAUGAGUACCCAGUUUCCUGGGGGUAAAGUGUAGAUGAUUGGGGAAGGCAAUGGCAAACCACCCCAUAAAAAAAAGUCUGCCAAGAAAACGUCAUGAUGUGACGUCCCCCUAUGGGUCAGUAAUGACUCGGUGCUUGCACAGGGGACUACCUUUACCUAUAUGUGUACCUAUCUUACACCAAACCUAGUCCAGCAGUGAUGGAAACUGCACACCCUUUGACCGGAUCCCUUCCCCGCCACAAACAAGAAGGGGAACUUCUUUUCAUUAUCAUAAACAGGCUUUCAAAUAAUGGAGAGUUUCUUCAGGUACUGUAUUCCAUGUUAAGUGUGAUGAAGGCAGUUUACAUUUGAGGAGGGCCAUGGCUCAGUGGUAAAGCAUCUGCUUGGCAUGCAUAAGGUUCCAAGUUCGAUACCCAACGUCUCCAGUUAAAAAAAUCAAGUGGCAGGUGUCUAGCUGAAAGGAUCAUGUAAUACCUGCUAUGAAAGACCUUCACCUGCCACCUUGGAAAGCUUCUGCCAGCAUGAGUGAUGGAGCAAGGAUUUGAUUCAGUAAAAGGCAGCUUUGCGUGUGUGCAUUUUUCAGUCUCCUGACAUAGCUAACUUGAAAAGGACAUAGUGGGGGAGAGAGAGAAAUUGCCAGUUGUACCUCAAGAUACACAACUGCUCCGGGGCUUGGCCAGGACGGAAGCUUAGUAGUGGAAAGUGUACCAUUGGGUGCAGCUCCCGGGUGCUGGGUACAUUUAAAGGGGAACAAAAUGCCAGUUGUUUUAUCAUAUCGCUCCAAUCCCAUGAAUGCUCAGGGUAUAAAUACGAUCCAUUCACAAUUACAAGUUCAGCAUGGAAAUAACACUCAGUAAACUUUCACACUUCUGAACGAGUGACCUAAGUGUGCAGGCCUCUUGCCUGAGAUUCUAUAGGCUGUUGGCAUGAACCUUGGAUACUUCAGCCUGCCUCUAAGGUCAUUUCCAGACAGAUUAUUUGCCCUGGGUUCAUUAGGCAUUUGUUUCUGCUGAGAUGGAGAAACGUGUCUCCUUCCUCACAGAACUGAGGGAAUGGCCCAUUGGAAGAGGUCCAUUUUACAAAGCAAUACAGUCUUCAUUGAAGUUCUGGCCUAUUCCUGCACAGUACAGUUAACAUUUCAUCUCUGAAAGAUCCCAUGUUUGAGAAAUGUUCAGUAUUGGCAAAUAGUUAACAUGUGAUCAGGUAUGGAGGCCAUGUUCCACAUGCCUUUUGCUGAGUUACAAGGCCCCCUGUGUUGCUGUUUGUCCCAUAUAAAGAGCAGACAGGCAUAGCUGAAUCGUGAAAAUUUAUAUUGGAGGAGGAGUCCAAGAUACUGUAACUGAUGCUGUUAGGUCCUAUAAUAUAGUAUUGCUUGGGUCUAUAUGGGGACAGAGUUGGCAUCUGGGUUUGUUGCAGGAUGUAGGCCCUGCGAUGUUGGUUAGAAUGGGCUGUCGAUAACAAAAGCUCCCUUGCCCAAGGUUUGUGACAAAUUGUCAGCCCAGGUUCCACAUAACAGAGGUAUAUGUUAUGGAAGACAUUUACAGAUUCAGAAGCCCAAGGUUGCCACCCUCCAUAAACGCCAUCUACCCCUCACCCAACAUCAAGUUGUGCUUUAUCACAGAUUCUGAAUAUUUUCUUAUCAGGUAAAGCCAGACAAUGUGAAGCACACGUUUUUAAAAUAAAGUUUUUAUGUAUUAAUCA